UUUUGACCACAUGACACGACGUGACGCCACGCGGCCACGUGACACUCUCUCCGCCUAUGAGCGAACUUCUUCUUGCGGGGUCCGGGAAGCGUGUCCGCCAUUUUGUAGGAGACAACAACGCACGGCAGUUUAUACUCUUCUUUUUUUCUCAACUUUGGAUUGGAUUCUGAUGACAGGAUGACGGUCUGUGCUGCAUAUGGCUGUAAAAACCGCCUGUCAAAGGGAUGCGGCAAACAUUUCUUCAGGUUCCCAAUGAAAAAUCCAGAAUACCUUGCCAAAUGGCUAGCAGUGAUUCGUCGUGACAAAUGGAAGCCCUCCAUUUACAGCCGACUCUGCAGUGACCACUUCACAGAAGAAGACUACAUGCUACGGCCUGGAGCCGUAUACCCUUACCUGCGCCUAGAUGCUGUGCCAUCUAUUAUCAAUGGUGUGCGUAUUAAAAAACCACCUGUCAAGAAACCAGCAAAAAAGAUAGAGAGUGCCGCACCCUCCACACCCGUGGCUCAGAAGCCGUCCACAUUAGUCACCCCUGAAGUUACUAUGUCUGUCGAGCACUCCUAUUCUUCUGUGUCCAGUAAUAAGGAGAAUGUCCGUAACCCAAAAGUGGACCCCGUCCUUGUUAACCUGAGAAGGAAAAAGAACUCUCUACAGAAACAGGUCCUGAGACAGAAAGCCAGGAUAACCAACAUGAAGAAGAUGAUCAUGCAGCUGAGAAAUAACAUGCUUGGGAGCGACCCUGUUCAUCUCGUGUCCAAGCACUUCAGUGGGUUAACCCUAGAACUGUUUAGACACCAGGUGCAGAAGAACAAGAAACCCAAAGUAAUCCAGUUCUCCAAGGAGGUGAAAGGAUUUGCUGUAACUCUGUAUCACUAUUCCCCAGUGGCUUAUGAACUCAGCAGAGUAUUGCUCUCCUUACCAGAUCUGGACACUUUGAGAAAGUGGAUGCCAUCAGUGGUGGAAAAGGCAGAGACUGAAGCUUUAGUGAAUAGUGACCACUGAAUAAAUGUCAUGUCACCUCGAUACAAGGUCUGUGUUAGGCUGGGUCCACACUACGUUUUGUCCCAUACGGGAGCGCAUACGGCAGG